AUGGCUUCUCACAAGCGUUCUGUCUCGGACUCUGAUAUUCUUCUUCGCGGGAAGUGGGCAUACGGUGCAUCUUUGUCUAGGGACCUAGGCCAACACCUUCCCAAACCAACUCGCUCUAUUAUCAAAAAAAGAGGUCCAAAGAGGUCCACCGGCCGCUCAACCCAUAGCCGCAGCAUAACAAACAAGUGGAAAGCUUUUGGGUUGACAGAAAGCCUUCUCCAACGGACCAUCCGGUCUGGCUGUAAUCAAGGAAUACACCACGAAGAUGAAUCUGGUCCGCCGGAGAUUCUGUCUGCAGCUUUUGGGCUCCUGAAAAUGCAAAAGGAAAAAGAUUAUAUAGUUUUGGACGUAGAUCCGACUGUAGAAAAGACGCCAAUGGGAGGGAUGAGCGCCAAAUCGUUGGGGCAUGCUCUUGACCCUGAAAAUGCUAAGAGACCAGUCCUACUCCUCUUUGUGUCUGAUCUCGGCCGAGAAGCUGGCUUGUACAAGUGA